UGCUAGAAUCAAAUGCGGGUGGAAUACCCAUUACUGUCUGUGUCCCAUUUACGAGUCACUCUGCUUUCAUGCCGUCGUCGUCGUCGUGUUCGAUUGAAGCCGUGGGCAAUCGAACCAGGAUUCAUGGCCACCACGGCUAUCACUCCCGCUACCGCUACUACAUCAGUGCAGCUGCCGUUGGGCCAGAUUGGUUGUUCGAUAGCAGGGGGGAUGUAAUUGUGGCAGUCGUCGUCGGGACAAUCAAGGUAUGGAGCAUGUGUGUGACGUUCGUCUUGAUAUGGACACGGUGGCAGAUUGAUUUGGCGGACUGCAUCGAGUGGCAGUCUGUGGAGUGCUUGAACGAAAAUACAGCGCAUACAUUCGUCAACGCUCUUAAGCAGAUUAUUGCGCCUCACAGUACCUGGAUUCGUUGUAUUGCGCAUCUGUGCUGCCAGGCUGCUGAUUGCAAGAAAUACUUUCACGCUCAUAUCUUAGCAUUGGAGGACAAUGGUUUGCAUUUAGAAAGUGAUGCUGAUGAACAGCUACUUCUGUUUAUCCCCUUUAACCAAGUUAAGCUCCAUUCUUUGAUUAUCCGAGGACCUCCAGAAGAAGGUCCAAGGACAUUGAAGCUCUUUGCCAAUAGGCCAAAUAUGGGCUUCAGCAAUGUUACCGACUAUCCUCCGAACGACACUGUUAUUGCGUCACUUGAGGACCUCGAGGUAUCUAAUAUCCCAAAUUUAUCGAUGAGAGGCCAAUGCCGCUUAAAUACGUCAAGUUUCAAAGUGUGCGACAUUUGACAGUAUUCGUUGAAGACAACUAAGGAGGCGGCGAAGUCACUCAGCUUUAGAAACUUUCUAUUAUUGGUAGCACAGUUGAAACCACGAAUAUGAAGGAUUUGAAGAUCAGUGAAAAUGAAUGAUGAAUUUAUCUAGUUGCCUGUUUUUGGCCAACUUUCUGUAGUGGUUAAUGGAGCGAGUUCUCUCUCAGACAAAUUUUCUGGAUCAGCCUUAGGUCCUCUUGCUAUUUAUAGUAGUCACUGUUUCUAUUCGAAAAUUUCUGCAAUCUGUGAGUAUGGGUGACUUACCACGGUUUUGACUUAGUCUUACAACCGAAAUUGGUUUUUGAACCUAAUAUGUAUGUGACAAUUUUAAUGUCUUUUGUAUGCCGAGGAGUUCGUCUCUAAAUCUGAUACAUUUGAAAGACUAGUGAAAUUA